AUCAUUGUUUGCUCUUCUUCCUUUCGCCCUAUCUUCGAAGACGAAUCCAACGAGCGAUGACGACGACGACGACGACGAUGUCGAGCUUCUUCCCGUCGGUUCUCCUCCUUCUCUCAUGCCUCUUCUUCUCCUCCAUUGCUGCUUCUCCUCUUGGAUCUGGCGAUGGGUAUACCAUCACUGGACGCGUUAAGAUCGAUGGUACGGGAACAAGGGGAUUUGGUCUUCCUGCAAAGCUUUCUAAUGCCAAGGUCAUUCUCAAUGGUGGUCAAAGGGUUUCAUUCAUCAGAGCGGACGGUUAUUUCUCAUUCUAUAAUGUGCCAGCAGGGACUCAUUUGAUUGAAGUUUCUGCAAUUGGUUAUUUCUUUUCACCGGUUCGUGUUGAUAUUAGUGCUAGAAACCCUGGUAAAGUUCAAGCUGCACUGACGGAAAACAGGAGGGUUUUGCAUGAACUGGUCUUAGAACCUUUAAAAGAAGAACAGUACUAUGAGAUAAGGGAACCUUUCUCCGUAAUGUCUCUUGUUAAAAGUCCAAUGGGUCUAAUGUUAGGCUUCAUGUUGAUCAUGCUAUUCGUCAUGCCAAAGAUGAUGGAGAAUAUGGAUCCAGAAGAGAUAAGGCGCGCACAGGAAGAGAUGAGGAGCCAAGGUGUUCCUUCCAUUGCUAACUUAUUGCAAGGGAGGAGUAGCUAAAAUGGAAUUUGCAUCAGAGGAGGUGUGGAUGACUCUUUUCUUUUAUGACCAGUACCUUGAAACUUAGAUACUAAACCUGAAUGACCUUUUCUGUCUCCAGAGGAAAGUCAAAUUGCAUCUUUAUCUCUUGUUAUUAACUUGAGGUCACCCAUUUUGCCACCUUCCCUUUGUUAUAUGAUUAAGGGCCUUUAUGUGUAAGAUUUUAUAUCAUCCUCCUUACUCUUCUAUUAUUUCAUGAUUCAAUUUUAGCUCAUCCGAAUCUUUUCUUUACAAGACACAUCCUUUUCCACAACGUUUAAUCGAGUAGGCAGAUGACUUUGUACUGUAUUACAAUAACCGAACGAAGACAUUAUAGUAUGGAAAUUUGGAUUGUUCAA